AUGGCUUCCUCGUCGCUGGACACGGAGGCGGGAGCCGGAGCACAGCACAAGGCCGGCGGCGACAGCAGCGGGUACACCACGGCGGCCACCGCCCACGCAGUAGACACAGAUGCAUGGCAUGGCAAUGGCAUGCCGCGUGCUGAGCGCGUUGCAGAUUCAUGGCAGCAGGUUGGGCUGCUGCUGGUGACGGGGUUCAACUGCGCCUAUGUGCUCAGCUUCUCCAACCUGAUGAUGGUGCCGCUGGGGUGGGGCUGGGGCGCCGCCUGCCUGCUGCUCCUCGCCGCCGCCGCCUGGUACGCCAACUGGCUGCUCGCCGGCCUCCACGUCGUCGACGGCCAGAGGUUCAUCCGCUACAGGGACCUCAUGGGCUUCGUCUUCGGGAGGAAAAUGUACUACCUCACCUGGUUCCUGCAGUUCACCACCCUGCUCCUGGGAAGCAUGGGCUUCAUUCUGCUCGGCGGAAGAGCACUCAAGGCGAUCAGCGCGGAGUUCACCCAGACCCCUCCGCGGCUGCAGUGGUUCAUCGCCGCGACGGGGUUCGUCUACUUCGCCUUCGCCUACUUCGUGCCCACCAUCUCCGCCAUGAGGAACUGGCUGGCCACCUCCGCCGCGCUCACCGUCACCUUCGACGUCGCGCUGCUCGCCGUCCUCGUCAGGGACGGCCGGUCGAACUCGCGGCGGGUCGACUACGCCGUCCACGGGACGCAGGCGGAGAAGGUGUUCAACGCGCUGGGCGCGGUGGCGGCGAUCCUGGUGUGCAACACCUCGGGCCUGCUCCCGGAGAUCCAGUCGACGCUGCGGAAGCCGGCGGUGGGCAACAUGCGGCGGGCGCUGGCGCUGCAGUACACGGUGGGGGCCGCCGGGUACUACGGGAUCAGCGUGGCCGGGUACUGGGCCUACGGCGCCGCCGCGUCCGAGUACCUCCCCAACCAGCUCUCCGGCCCGCGCUGGGCCUCCGUGCUCAUCAACGCCACCGCCUUCCUCCAGAGCAUCGUCUCGCAGCACCUGUUCACGGUGCCGAUCCACGAGGGCAUGGACACGGGGCUGCAGAGGCUGGAGGAGGGCAUGUUCUCGCGCUACAACAUGACGCGCCGCCUCUUGGCCAGGGGGCUGCUCUUCGGGGUCAACGUCUUCGUCACCGCGCUCUUCCCCUUCAUGGGCGACUUCGUCAACCUCUUCGGCUCCUUCGCGCUCUUCCCGCUCACCUUCAUGUUCCCCAGCAUGAUCAUCCUCAAGAUCAAAGGGGAGUGCGACGGGAGAUGGGGCAGGCUCUGGCACUGGGGCGUCAUCGUCGUCUCCUCGGCCGUCGGUCUCGCCACCUCCGCCGCCGCCGUCAGAUUGAUCCUGCACAACGCCAGCGUCUACCGCUUCUUCGCCGACACCUAG